AUGGGAUGUGUUAGUAGUAAGUACACUCCCCCUCGAAACCGAAACCGACAUGUUGAGAGGUUCAAAGAUCAGUAUGCACUCAAACCUAUCAUCCAUAACAGGAAUCAUCCAUCCAAACAUGUUCAAGUGAAGACUAAGAAGAGAGUUGUGAUUGUGAAUACUACUACUGCAACAGAAGAGGGAGAUAGGAUUGAUGAUAAGGUAAAGGAUGUAGCGAGAGAUAUUGAUGAUGAUAAGUCUGAGGAAAAGAAGAAGAAGAUGAAUGCAAUAUAUGAUGUUAAAGUGGAAGAAGACGAGUGGCCCAAAUGGCUGGUUGAUAAUAUCUCUCAAAACGUUUUAGCUACUUUGAUUCGCAAGACUGCUGAUUCCUAUGAAAAACUAGGAAAGGUAGGACGUGGAACAUAUAGCAAUGUAUAUAAAGCUAGAGAUAAGGACAGUGGAAAGAUAGUUGCUUUGAAGAAGGUAAGAUUUGACACUUCUGAUUCUGAAAGCAUCAAGUUUAUGGCAAGGGAGAUUAUGAUACUGCAGACUUUGGAUCAUCCCAAUGUUAUCAAACUUGAAGGACUAGCAACAUCAAGGAUGCAAUAUAGUCUUUAUUUAGUCUUUGAAUACAUGCAAUGUGAUCUUACUAGGAUUAUCUCACGCCCUACAGAGAGACUCACUGAACCACAGAUCAAAUGUUACAUGCAACAACUGCUUUUGGGACUUCAGUAUUGUCAUGAGAGAGGAGUUAUGCAUAGAGAUAUUAAAGCUUCAAAUUUGUUAAUAGAUAAAAAAGGGGUGUUAAAAAUUGCUGAUUUUGGGCUUGCGAAUUCUUUAAAAGUAAAACCUAAAGGACCUCUUACAAAUAGAGUUGUGACACUUUGGUAUAGAGCUCCUGAACUUCUUCUAGGUUCAACUGAUUAUGAUUAUAGCAUUGAUAUAUGGAGUGUAGGUUGUUUGUUGGCUGAAAUGUUUAUUGGAAGACCAAUUAUGCCUGGGAGAACAGAGAUUGAACAGCUUCAUAUGAUAUACAAACUUUGUGGUUCACCUUCAGAAGAUUACUUGAUAAAAAUGAAGCUAAAGACAAGCUUUCGGCCACCACAACGUUAUAAAGCUAGUUUUGAAGAAAACUUUCAGGAUUUUCCUUUGUCUGCUCUUGAUCUCUUGACUACGCUUCUUGAUUUUCACUCCCAAAAUCGUGGCACUGCUGCCUCUGCUCUUCAAACUGAAUUCUUCAAAUCUCAUCCAUUAGCAUGUGACAUCUCAGAAUUACCGGUGAUAAUCAAUAAAGGUGAUGAUGAACGAUCUCAAAAUAAGAGACGCAAAAGGCGCAAAGGUUUGAAAAAAGGGCAAUUAUCUAAAAGAAGUGAAAGCAAUUUAAGCCUGUCAGGAAUGAAUCAAACUGCUGAACAAGGCAAGACAGAUUCAGAAACAUCAAAGGAGGAGAAGGGUCUAGGACAAACCAUGCCGGGACAAGAAACAGGAAAUAGUGGAAGCAGCAGAUCUUCAUCAAUAUUUACUAGCGAAAGGAGCUUGAAUGCAUCUAUAUCCCCGGUUUUUCUCUCCAGCAGUAAAAUAUCCCCCAAAACUGAAGGUCAUCCUAAUGCUCUUAAGAAUAUAAAGAACUACACACUCUUACAGGCAUCUAUCCUUGAUAUGAUCAACCCAAAAGAAGGCAACGAUUUUGGUCAGUUUCGCAGGUCCUUCUCUACAUUGGACUUUCGGCUUGAUCCUGAGAAGCUAUCAAGUCUCUACGGAUCCAAGUUGGACCAUGAAGUGUGA